AUGGAACAAGUCUCGAUCGGCGGCAGCAGAUACUUACUGCUUGUGGUUGACGAAGCCAGCGGCUGCAUGAAGGGCUUCUGUCUGCGGUCCAAGUCUGAGAGUGAAGACUGUAUCAAGAACCACAUUAUCAAGAUUCAGACUCAGUUCGGCACGAAGAUCAAGUUUGUUCGGCACGAUGGAGCGCAUGAGUUUGCGACCAACUCGAUCAAGACCUUCUACGAAGAUCAUGGUAUCGAACAACAGAUCACGGUGCCGUAUGCACACCAGACCAACGGCACCGCAGAACGCGCGAUAAGGACCAUCGUCACGAUCGGACGCAGCUUGUUGCAUCAUGAAAAGCUGGAGAAGUGUUUCUGGGCUGAAGCGGCAAUGACGGCGAUCUACAUCAAGAACCGCCUGCCUUCACCCAAGAUCGACCACAAGACUCCGUUCGAAAUCGUGUACAAGUCGAAACCAAGUGUCAAGCACAUGCGCGUGUUUGGAUGUCGGGCGUUUAUCCUGACACCAAGGGAGAAGCGAUUGAAGUGGGACCCGAAGGCUCGUGAAGGGAUGUUCAUGGGCUACGAAGAAGCGUCAAAAGCUUAUCGAGUGUACGACAUUGAGGCGGGCCAAGUGGUGAUCAGUCGUGACAUCACCUUCGACGAAUCGACUUUUGACUUUUCAAUGGACCGACCAAGUGACGAUGAUGAAGAUGCGGAGUUGGACCUCGACCUCCUGGCGAGGUUAUCAACGAGGACGACGUGCGUCAAACCGUCUACAAGCAGACUGGCAAGCGCAAGAGUGAAGCAAGACCCGGCAUGUCACGUUCAGCUCGCCCUCGAACUGGGUUGGAACAAGCAAGUGCGCCGGAACACGUCUCCAACCGUCACCAGAAACGACGAUCAAGUGCUCCAGAAACGAUGUCUGAUGACGAAGAAGAUGCAAGCGUCUACGAUCAAGAUGACGACUCGACGCCUCCAACAUUUUGGCGUGCAAGUGCAAACGCAGUGGAAACAACGGACCUAG